AUGAGAAUAGGAAAAGUGGUAACGAUUGUGUUGCUUUUGUUCUGUGUUUGUACAGUCUAUUCGCAAGAGAAGAGAAAGAAAUGCAGAGCAUUGGCGCUUGAGGGGGGAGGUGAUCUAGGGUCGUACCAGGUUGGUGUACUCAAAGCAUUUGUAGAUAACCUUCCUACCGAAGAGACUCAAUGGGAUGUCAUCACAGGUGUCUCAGUUGGAUCAAUAAAUGCAGUAGCAAUUGCACUUCAUGAGAUCGGCCAGGAAAAGGAAGCCUUGGAUUGGAUGAUUAACCUCUGGGAAGAAUUUACUAAAACUGAUAUUUAUGUCAACUGGAGAUUUGGAAUUCUCCAAGGCCUCUUCUUUAAGCAAGGGCUCUGGGACAACACUCCUGAAAUGGAUUAUCUAACUGACAAAUUCACUGAUUUCCCCGAUAGGGAACUAAAGAGAAGAAUAAAUAUCAACACUGUUGAUAUUAACACAGGAGAAGUAUAUAAAUUUUUCGAAGAUCUGGAUUUUGAUUUGGUACCCAAAGCUGUAAAAGCUAGCUCUUCGAUGCCAUUUGCAUUCCCACAUACAGAGUUUGAAGGUCAUUCCUUUGUCGAUGGAGGAUCAGUUUGGAAUAUCGAUCUCUCUGGAGCAAUCGAAAGAUGUCAUGAAAUAGUCGAUAAUGAUGAAGACAUUAUUGUAGAUGUCGUCAUGUGCAAUGGAGCAUUCCUACGUGACGGAGAGAAGUUCAAAAAUGCAAAUGUGCUUCAAUACUAUGGAAGGUACCAAGAGAUCAGAUCUUACUACGCAACUAUGAGCGAUUACUGAGAGAUCAAGAGAGGAUAUCCAAAGGUUAACUUUAGAUAUGUCCUUGCUCCAUCCCAAGAACUCCCAGGAGGUUUCCUCCCUCUCAACUUUAUCCACGAUGAAAUGGUUAAAAACAUCGAGAUUGGUAUUGAAGAAGGUAAAAGAGCCAUUGAGGAGGGAACGAAUGCACUGGAAGAUGCAUUGAACUACGUUGGAAGGCAAGAAUUCUGUUCUAAUGAAGAUGACUUCUAAAAUUCUU